AUGUUAAAUUUAUAAACCAUAUUAAGAGGAUUUGAAGAAAAUGGAUUAAAAUAGGAAAGUAUGUAUAAGGCGGAUGAAAUAUUGGCAAAAUUAGAUAUUAUGGGAAGGAAGGAAUUUGAUAGAGACAUUGCAGAAUAAUUAUUUUAACAGUGCAAACCAACUCAAUUAAAUUUGAAAAUGGUUUAUAGACUUGCAGAUAUUGGCUAAACAAUCAUAGACGCAAUGUCGAUAUAAGGAGAAAAAGCAAAGAAUGCCGAAUUAUAACUUAGAUAAAUUUAAUAAAAUAAAGCAAUUUGUGAAAAUCAAUUAGCAGAAACAUCUGUUUAUUCGGAUACUAGAUACUUAUUUCUGACGUUAUUAUGUGUAAAAAACAUUCCUUUAAAUCUUAAAUACACAAAUUGUCAUAUUUAGUUAACUUUAGGGGUUAUAAAUUAAAUUGCUAAACCGGAAUCGCAAUAUGAUAAAGUCAAUCCUGAAUUCAAUCAAGACUUCGAAUUUUCAGUCCCCCCUCUGAUAUCGACUCUCCAAAUUCAAUUUUUCAUUAGAACAGAGAACACUUUACCUAUACUCUGGGGUUCAGCCUAAUUGAAGAUCCAAUAAUUGGAUGAUUAGGUGAUUAAACAAGUUGAGUUGAAAUUAGUAGAUCCAGUAGGUAGAGAACUAGGUUCUUCUGUUGAAAUGGAGGCACAAAUCGUGUUGAACAAGCAUCAAUACUUAUAGGCCUAACUAUAGAAAUUUGAACAGAGAAUCUUUACUUUGGAUAAUGAUUUGAUAGAGUAUAGGAAUAAUCUAGAAAUAAUCGAGCGACCAUUCAAAGCUAAGCAAUUAUCAAAGGAAUAGACUAAUAAAUAAUUGUCAUCGAAUAUUUUUAAUUAACAAUUGCACACUUCUUAAAAUUAAUAAGAAUAAGAUCAAAAUAUCUAUGAAAUGGAUUAACAAUAAAAUUAAUUAAAUUCACCCUAAGAAUAAAAAGAAUAAAUCUGGUCUAUUCUAUAAUCUGAUAAAUAAUUAGAAAUUUAGGAUGAAACUCCAGAGGCUCCUGAGAUCCUUCAACAUGGAGUUAUCAUAUUCACCAUAUAUGGAUUAAUCACUCUAUUUGUAUGUUCUGCCAAACCCUCUUUUUUAGAUGUGUUAGUCUGUCAUGGAUUGAUGUUCACUAUUUUGAUGGAUAGAUUUGACCCAUUUCAUAUUAAGUUGGUUGGUGCAGGACUUCUAGCUUCAAUUUUAUACGAUAUUUUGUGGAUGAAACAAUAUCAUUUAUGGUGGUAUAGUGAUGAUUAAAAUAAUCCAGAAUGGGGAUUGAAUGCAGUUAAUUUAUUGAGGUUUGUGCUCAUCUUUACCUAUAUGUAAUUCCUAUACAAAUUUGUUGUAUGUUAUUAUUUAUAUUAAUUUCAUAGAGAAUCCAUUGAUCCGACUAAAAGGUAUGUGUUUACUAUUUGGAAAAUACAAUAUAAAGUGGGUAAAAGUAGAGAGAGUGUUUCUUGGCAAUGAUCAUUUUAACUAAAUUAUGCAUUUCUUUGCUUUAUUUUAAAUAAUUUAA